AUGACAGUCUACCGAGUCCGAUUCGCCUCAACAGGCGAACCUUGCCGGAAUACUGUCAGGUCCGAGUCGGUCAUCGGAUCCCGUCCCCUCGAUACGCUAGAGUCCUUACCCACGCGACAGAGGAGCCGCUCGGGCUGCCGCGAAUGUCGACAACGAAAAGUCAAGUGCGAUGAGACGUUUCCUGUGUGUCAGCGCUGCCAGCGGCGAGGGUCCGUCUGCCAGCCCACCUUACGCACCGCUCAAUGGCAGGUCGAAGUUCCGUGGCUGGCGGAUUCCCCCGUGAAAACCAUCUCCCUGGCGCCAAUCGCAGACACCAACGUUGAUGCACGGCUAAUGCGCUACUGGCUUGAGGCAACCAGUCAGAUGCUGUCUGUCGAUUCCAGCAACAACCCUUUUUCAUUCCCUAUCCUCAAAUAUGUGGCUAGUUCUCCGUCUCUGGCCCACUUUCUUCAGUCCGCCAGUGCAGCACAGGAAGCAUAUUUCCACCAGCCUCAAAUGUCAGUGAGCCUGGCAAAACGAGGUCAGGCACUUUCGGCGUUGCGACAGGAACUCCAAACCCGCAGCAGCUCUUUAUCACAGUGCUUUCUUACCCUCCUGAUGCUCGGCAUGUCCUCGUCGUGGAUGGCAAUGGACCCCACGGACUAUGGAAGGGAGCACCUUCUCGCCGCACCAGCGGUAGCGGACAUGAUCUUGAAGCAGAGGGAUGCGAACAACGAGGAGUUAGAUCACCUCACCAUGGGGAUUUAUGUCUACUGGGAUAUGGCUUGUGCCUUUUGCUUGGACCCCGUAGAUCAUCCUAUUGAACGGGACAGCUCACUUGAGACAUACGUGAAGCAAGCUCGUCAUACGUUUCACCCUAUUACCACUCACUCGAUAGACCUCUAUCAUCUCCUCGGACAGGUCGGUCGGUACUGCCGAGUGAUCGUGGACGGUGGUGGUCGUGACCUCGUCUUUGAACUUUAUUCCGAGGAGCGUCUGAACGAAUACGAAUCCAUUGAAACCGACGCGAUGGCCAAGUCACUCACUGAAGCCUUCCGCAAACAUGGUCUUCUCCUGCUGUACCGCUUCUGCGGAACCCCUGGGGUCUGUCAACCUAGCAGCCAAAAACUGACCCAGACAGAAAAUUACAUACACCAGCUCGCAAUUGAGAUCGUUGAGCUUAUAUUGCAAAUCAAGUCCAAUUCACCUUAUGUGAACAUCCAGGCCGUACCACUGUUGAGUGCUGGUGCAGAAAUGACAUCACUUGACACCUUUCAGCGCAAUCAGAUCAGGCAAAGGCUCAAAGAGGUAUACUCGACGAAUCGCUUAGUGCCCACACUGUGGGUUCUCGAGCUCCUGGAAGAGUUAUGGGAAGUUCACGAUGCUGGAUUGACACAUAUGACGUGGCUAGAGUUAAUGUUGAACAAGAAUUGGAGGUUAAGGACAAAGACGGCCAUACAAACAGAUGAUGAUCCGAGUAACAGCACAAGUGAGAAUGUUUCGCCGUCGGGCGAACAGGAUAGGGUAGUCGAGGGGGCAAAGGUUGAUCUCAGCGGCGUUGCGCAGACCCUCCUCAUUACUCUGAUUGCCCAAGCCUAUGAAUUCUCCACCGCUCGACCCAGUCUCGGCGAUCCAUACACUAAAGAUGCACCAGAGCGGCUUAAAUUCGAUGUCACGAAGAUGACUAUGACACCAAACCAGAUGGCGAGCAUCGCUCUUCGAACGAGCCAUUUCGACCGAUUGACUUCGGAUUUCCUGAAGCAUAAUCCGGACACCACUGUUCUGCAUCUAGCACGUGGCCUGGAUAGCCGGAUAGACCGUGUGAAAUAG